CUGGCCGGUCUUGCCUUGGGAUGUCAGUGUCAGGUGACAGGUGGGGGGUGGGGGAAAGAUCUGAGGGUCCUCCGGGAAGAUUCUGAUUGUUUGGCUUUGAUGGACACAUCCUUGGGUUUCUGUGGCUGGCUCUAAGGAGCCAGGUUGGGCAGGGCCAAGCACAAUCCAGACAUUGUGAGUGGGAGCAGAGGCUGGGCUGCAGCAUGGAGAGACAGAGCAGCGGACCUGGGGUUCAGGGGCGAGGGUCUUCCAAGGUGAGCUCCAAGCUGCCUGUAAGGUUACACUGGCCAGUCCUAGGCCUGGCACUGCUGCUACUGUUGCUGGCUUUGGCUGGAGCUGUGGUCGGUGGGCUCCUUGGCUUGGCACACAGUUCUGCUGAGCCUAUGCUGCAGGCUGUUCGAUGGACAUUCUUGAGUCCUUCCACCUGGCCCAACCAGACAGCCACGGUGGACCUGGCCCAGGACACAGUGACCUAUGUGGUGACCCCACCUCAGAGCAACCAUAGCUGGGUUGUGCUAUUCGACAGCCACAACGGUUACGUGUGUUAUCGCCCUGGGGAACAAAGGUCCUGCUUUCUACGGAGGAUGGAGACCUGGGACCGAGAAACCCUGGAGCUGGUCCUCAACACCUCUCAGGCUGAUUGGCCACUGGGUCCCAACAAAGACACCAGAUAUACUCAAGAGUUUUUAGGGGUACUAGGAGGACAUGAAGUAAACCCUGCUCUAGUAGGCGGACCAGUCCAGAACCUCUGUGACCAACUCCCCAUCUACUGGGUGCAAAGGGCAGAAGGUUCACUGAAACAGAGAUUAAUUUAUCUCUGCAUUGACAUCUGUUUCCCAAGCAACAUUUGUGUGUCUGUCUGCUUUUAUUAUCUUCCGGAUUAG